AUGCUCACAACCCAGCAAGGCUUCGUCUACGAACCGGUUCGUGUGGAAGGACCAGAAGGCGCUUCGGGCGUUUACUUUCGGCGAGUAGACUUGCCGCCCACUCCGACCCCUCGCUGGACCAGGCCACCUUCUAGAACCCUCAGCAACCCGUCAGAAUACGAGAAAAUCGACACGGACCCCGGGUCAAUAGCAGACAUGCCAUCUGGCAAAAAACCGCAGGACCAGUCAUCCCCAAGUACAACAUCCACUGCCGUCACUUCUACUGUUCUUGAUCGAGCAAAACUUCCCCUUCCUGAAAAACCCAAAGAUGAUCCAGUUUUGACAUAA